CGGCAACGAAAGCACGAACCUAUUAAGGCUGAACCCACGCAUGAAAAGUUCUGCUUUACGAGUGAUUGUCAAGCCAACUGAGUAAAGCAGACUUGAUUGUAGCAAUAGUCGUGACACUAUCUAUCUAAAUCACUGCAGUCAACAAUCACGUCUAGAUGAACAGAGAAUCGUCUACAGCUGAUGAAGCUUCUGACGAGUCGUCUGACCAAGCAGAUGAGUCUCAAGAGACAUCUGUAUCAUCGUCUGCAGUUGAUGAACCCUCUGACGAGUCGUCUGACCAAUCAGAUAAGUCUGAAGAGAAAUCUGUAUCAUCGUCUGAGGUUGAUGUGUCAGACUCAAAUACCUCGAGAGAAUCCAGAGAGUAUUGUUGACUGUCAUAAUUUUCGCUUUGGGUGAAGAUAUUAUCGGCUGUAUCGUUAGCUGUGGACGCAAGAGUCUGGAUGGUAUAACCUUCGGAUUCUUUUCGGAGAUUGCUCUGCG